GUAAAAUGUGUUGUUGUGUUGGGCAUUGCUGACUUCUUGAUCCUGCUAUUGCGGCUGAGGUAGAAACACAUCUAACCUUUUGGGUUCCAGAGCUUGAAGACACGGCUGCUAGUUCUGUGAAUUUACAAAUCGUCAGCGUCGGGUUCGGUCAUGGUGAUUAUAUUCGUAAUAGUAUAACCACACCGAACUAGCACCAGACUAUAUGGACACAAGUACUCGAAAGUGACGUAUGUCUUGAUAGUAAAUGUGGUUCAACCGUCGGAAUGUCGGACUCUGAAUCUCACUUGCGAAUAUCCAAUCAUAAAACAACUCGGCGUUCAAUGUGCCGAGCCUAGUAACCUGUAACACCUCACUUCGUUGAGAAGGUUGAUGAGAUGACCUCUACCAGCAAGAACUCGAAAGUCACUAUCGACCGGGACUUGGAUAAAUAACCAGUAGGUCUCGAAGCAGUGCUGUUUAUCCAAACUGAAGGAGGUGCUCCUCGGUCGGUUGAUUCUACGGCUCCAGUACUGUGCUACAUUGGUUCUGUUAAUAAAGCUUCUUGGUUUCGGUGUUGUGCAGGUUGAAUGGUAAGAAGAUGUUGAGAUUGUUGACGGGGAAGCGUCUGGUUUUUGUAGGCGAUUCUCUCAACAGGAACAUGUGGGAGUCUUUGCUAUGUGUUCUUAGAAACUCAGUGGAUGAUAAGAACAAAGUCUAUGAAGUUUCUGGUAGGCAAGAAUUUCGCACAGAGGGCUCUUACUCCUUUGUUUUCGAGGAGUACAACUGUUCCGUGGAGUUCUUUCAAUCACGGUUUCUAGUUCAAGAAUGGGAGAUGCUGGAACCAAGUGGAUCAAAGAAGGAAACGCUUCGCAUUGAUUUGAUUGAGAGAUCCUCUGACAACUACAAAAAUGCAGAUGUUCUCAUCUUCAACACAGGUCACUGGAAGGGUUACUAUCAAGAGGGUAGCCAUAUUUAUGGUGAACUGAAUGUUGACGAUGCAUUUCGCAAGGCUUUAACGACAUGGGCUCGAUGGAUAGACACCAAUGUAAAUCCUAAGAAAACUGCUGUUUUCUUCCGGGGCUAUUCACCUUCUCACUUUAGAGGCGGAGCAUGGAAUUCUGGAGGGCAUUGCCAUGGCGAAACAAAGCCAACUACCAGCUUGGAAUCCACGGAAUAUGGAGGAGCGUAUCCAACAAACAUGAAAAUCUUUGACUCGGUACUCAAGGGGAUGAAGACGCCAGUCAACUAUCUGAACAUUACAACAAUGACUGAUUUUCGGAAGGAUGCUCAUCCAUCGAUUUACAGAAAGCCGAAUUUAACUGAGGAGGAGCGAAAACCGCCUAUGAUCCACGAUUGCAGUCACUGGUGCCUCCCUGGCGUUCCUGAUACAUGGAACGUGCUAAUAUAUGCUCAACUCCUCAAACAUAACCAGAAACAACAUAGACAGAAGAAACAGCAAAAUCAGAGGACAACUUCUUAA